CCCUCCGAUCUUACCUGUCUCGUCCGACCUUCUCUGCGUCUGUGGAAAUGGCGUCUCUGUUGAAAGAGUCGAGAAAGGCGAAGGGGAAGCGCAAUGCAGAUGACAUGGAGAUUGACCAAGACCAUGGUCCCGUCAUGAAGAAGCCUAGGAACAAACAGAGAGUGCUCAUGCUCUCCUCGCGCGGGAUCAACCAUCGCAUGAGGCAUCUCAUGAAUGAUUUGGAGGCUUUGUUGCCACAUGUGAAGAAAGACUCGAAGCUGGACUCCAAAAAUCACUUGCACCUUCUUCCCGAGCUAGCCGACCUCAACAACUGUAACAAUACUCUGUAUUUUGAGGCGCGGCGCCAUGAAGACCUAUACAUGUGGGCCGCGAAGACGCCGAACGGGCCGAGCAUCAAGCUACACGUACAAAAUAUCCACACCAUGGACGAGCUCAAAAUGACGGGCAACUGUUUGAAGGGGAGCAGAGGAAUUCUGAGCUUCGACAAGGCAUUCGACGAGAGCGAGUGGGGGAAGCUAACGAAGGAGGUGUUUACUCACAUUUUCGGCGUACCACCACAAGCGCGAAAAGCAAAACCUUUCAUCGACCAUGUUCUCACUUUCUCCAUUCUCGACAGCAAGAUCUGGUUCCGUAACUUUCAGAUUAUCGAGAAGGACCCGUUACAGCCCAACGGGCCACCCCAGAUGUCUCUCACCGAGAUAGGGCCCCGGUUCGUCCUGACUCCUAUUCGUAUCUUCGAGGGCGCAUUCAGCGGCGCGACAGUAUACUCCAACCCAGAAUUCGUUACGCCUGCGGCAGUCCGAUCCGCAUUGAAGCGUGAGAAGGGCGACAAGUACGGCAAUCGGAAACAUGCGCAGGCAGAGCGUGGGUUGCGCAAGGACCUCAGAAGGCUGGAGGAAGACGAGUUGGCUGUGUCGAAAGUAUUCACAUGAUUGUUGUUCAGUACGAACACUUGUCACCAUCGGGGUGACCUUCCUCGGUGUGUCUUUGGCCUAGCCAGUCUAUUCCUAGACUUGCAGCGCAACCCUACGUGCCAUGUUAUGUCAUGCACUAUUUCACUCGCUAUCCGCGAUGUAAUGGAUCA